AUGUCCGACAUCUCGAAGUUUGAUGAGCUGCACAAGGACCUCUUUGAAGAGGGAGUCAAGGUGCGGAGAGCAGUCCUUGGGGACGAGUAUGUCAACAAUGCGUUGCAAAAUGCCACACCCUUCACGAUGCCCGGACAACAGCUCAUCACGGAAUGGGCAUGGGGUACUAUCUGGCAACGCCCGGGGCUAGACCGAAAGCAGCGCAGCCUUCUGAAUAUUGGAAUCAUCAUUGCCCAGAAAGCAUGGCUUGAGCUCGCCUUGCACACCCGUGGUGCUAUAAACAACGGUCUUUCAGAGAUAGAAAUCAGAGAGGCUGUUCUGCAGGCAACAGUCUACUGUGGCACCCCUGCUGGUGUCGAGGCAAUGAUGGUGACUGAGAAAACCAUAAAUGAGAUGAUAGAGAAAGGCGAAUACAAGCGUCCGGAGGCCUGA